AUGAGGGAAGUCAACUUCAGCAUUCCCAAUGUCAACAAGGCAUCGGUGGGCAUCACCACGGCCCUCUACGACCGACGAGCCCUCGAUUGCACAUCGACACUGCCCCUAAUCAACUCACUCAACCAUCUCGCAUACCUCACCACAUCCUCGGCCCGUAUUCGCGAUAUUUUGACGGUAGAUGGGGGCAUCGAGCGAUUGGUCUGCAUACUGAAGCAAGGGCGAAGUAAAGAUAUGAUGGACAUGUGGAAAUGGAAUCUUGCAUUUCAGUGUGUGGUGAACAUAGGAGUUCGUGGCACCGAGUGCGUCCGGACUCGAGUCGUCGAGGCCGACAUGGUCCCCGUCAUCGCCACCAUACUGGACAACUAUAUCAAGGUCAUUGAGAAAUGCAGGGAAAAGGCCGAGGAAGCGAAACAGAAGACCAUGCAGGAUCAUCACCACCGUCACCGCGGCCAUCCACACCGUGGCCCAUCCUCCAAAUCGUCAUCCUUCACGAACCGACCAGGUCAUCUAGAUAUUGAGUCGCGAUCUUUCCGUCGCCAGGCACCCCCGCCUUCUAUCGAUGUCUCUGCUGCCACGUUCAGUGGUGCUUCGACUUCAGCUGCUGCCGAACAAGGCGCUGCUGACACCAUCCCUGCGAUCCCACUCUUCCCCAUCACUUCUCCUCCAGACCGACCGGCCUUCUCAACUCAUCGGCCCCAUCACCAUCACCAUCAUCACCACCACAGCCACCGUCAUGAGAAUCGGUCAACCGUCGCGUCCCCUCCGCGGCCCGCUGUUCAGCCGUUGGCUACUGCUGCGCCCCAAACCGAUGGCGCUGACGGCUUCAUUCGGCCGGUUCGGGACAUUGACCGACUUCCCUCCAUGGUCCCUGUUUUUCCUCAGCCGAUUUUAGCUUCUCAGCCCGCGUCUCCUACAACACCUCUGCCGCCGCCUCAGGUCCGCUCUCCAUCCGUCAGGCCAACGUCGGUGCUGGGACCCAACGGCCGUAUUCGGAGACGUCCCUCGAUUAGGCACCAAAAUUCGACUGCUGACACGGACGAUCUGAAUGCCGAGAGUGUGCAGUCUGACGAGUCCCAAGAUGCUGAGAUGUCGGGUACGAACGAAAUGCAGCCUGCCGUGGGAUUUCAAGACAUCGCCAUGGAUGAAGGGGACAGCACCUUGGCUGGCACUGCCCUGGAGCUGACAACGCCUACUGUCUCCGAGAUGCCCGAUGCCGGCACUUUCAACAUCACUCAUCGUGGUCCCAUGGACGGGAGCAUCCCCAAUACCACUCCCGCGCCAAUGCCCACAAUCGGGCUCUCUCCCAACCGACCCAUCAUUCCCACGCCCCAGCCCACAAUGCCAAACCACACCAGUGUUCCUCGGUACCUCCUUGACCGGCCGUUGCCAACCAACCCGCAGAUGCUUGCUGCGAUGCCAAGGGAGGAAGAUGUUUUGAUGUCUCUGCAGCUCCUCGCUUACGUUUCCAAAUAUUGCAACCUGCGGUCAUACUUCCAGAAGAGCCAUUUGGUUCCUCGUCUCAAGAUUGGGAAGGAACUUCAACUGCUCGACGAUGUCAUCGUGUCAUCUGAGUCUCCCGUCGAGCAGGAGCAGGAGUACGAAGAAGAGUAUCUUCUCCCCAACGACUUCAACAUAUUUCCCCUUGUUGAAAAGUUUACUGUGCGGUACCACAGCACCGACAUGCAAUACUGGGCCGGUGUGGUGAUGCGGAAUUUGUGCCGCAAGGACGAUACCCGUGGAGGCAUUCGCCAGUGCGCCUACUACCAAUGUGGGAAAUGGGAAGAGUUUACGCGCCAGUUUGCUAAGUGCCGUCGGUGCCGCCGGACAAAGUAUUGCAGCAAGGAGUGUCAAAAGAGUGCAUGGGCAUUCCAUCGUCAUUGGUGCGUUGCGGCAACGCAAUGA